AUGUCGACUCCUGCUGAAGCAGACAUCUCCGAUGAGUACGGACUGAAGGAUUUAGCGUACUUGCCUCUGCUGGAGCAGGUCCAUCGCCUUUUUCAUGCCAUUGAGCAAAAGUAUCCCUACAAGGAGACCAAUGCUUGGAAAACUCUGCCUCUAGAACAAAAGAAGAGAAUGCUAAAUUAUAUUCGCGAGAAACGAAAUGUCCCACAAUCGAGCGAUAGAGAGUCUAAUAGCAAUGCUGAUACAGAAGACGAGACGAAGCGAGAAGACAAGAAAGGUCGAGUGGACACCGUAUCGGCCGUAAAGUCUGACCCGUAUCUUAGAAUGCUUCAGCAAAGGACUAUACGACCGGCAGGACCGCAGAUAGAUAAUGGAGGUGCACUACCCACGCAUCCAAAUAGUGCUUACGUUGCACCAGCGCAGGUGCCGCAUUACUCUAAAGUUACGCCCAACUACAAACCACGCUGGCAAGUCGCGGAAGGAGAAUUUUUUGAAGAAAUUUGUGUCUGUGGUGUGAAGCAUGGUACUGACAAGAUUAGCAAGAAAUCGUCCUUAGUGCUGCAUACGAUUAGUGCAAUGAUGAGUACAUUUGGUGACACUACGCAAUCUUGUUUGACUACAGUGGAAGAAGUGAAGGCGCUAGUUGGCGAUUAUAUGCGACAGUUUUUAGGGCUGGUGGAACCCGAAGUGUUUGAAGCAUCGUCGUGUUUAAGGAGAUUAGUGGAAUUAUUUAAAACAGAAGCAAUAUAUUAUGGACGUUGGCGAGAUUUUCGUGGUGAGACAAAGCAUGAAGAGAUUGAGCUUGAGGAUGUAGAGGAAGAGGAGCUGGCAGAUGAGCUUGACCUCUUUGCUGUGUCUGAGACUGACAACGUAUUUAACGAAGCGUUUUUGGAACGAAUUCACUUUGCUGAUGAGCGGACUAAGAAGAUGGAGUGGUCUAUCUAUGACAUGUUUGCAAGAGGUCGAAAGCUGAAUUUUAUGAACAAUAAGGCACAAUUGUUUCGGGAGUGGUUGGGUCUUGGAAAAAUCUCGCGGGCAUCGCUGGAAUUCCUUAAUUUUGUUGCUUAUCAUAACAUUGGUCGGUUGGUGGAGUUAGCGAUUAAGAAUCGGACUGGUGGCGAGCUCAAACAACUGGAGACUCCUUUGCUGAAGGACGAUAUUGAGUCCGUGGCUUUAGCAUUUUUACCGGCACAACCCCUUCCAAAACUCAUUGAUCGACCAUCUGCCACACGAACUCGACGAGUUGGCAUAUUGGGUGCAAACAGCAAAAGCGAUCAUAUGGACGCUAAGCCCCGAGGAAAAUCUAAGGCAAAUGAGUCCAAGACUGAAGAUCCUCGCAAGGUCAAGAAAGAUAGCGUAGAAUCUGAACGAGCAGAGACCAUUAAGCCAAAAAUUGUUCCGUCGAUCGUCAGUACUCGACCAACGCGACUGAGAAAAUUGCGGAAGUUUGAGCUCACUUAG